CAUGUGGAGCUCAGGCAGGGAGGAUGCUGGUGUUAAAGAGAGACAACCAGUUGCUCUCCAGCUGUCACAGAAAAGUGGAGCCACCCCUACCCACCGACGGAUGAACAUCUUCGACCUGUUGCCUCAGUGUGAAGAAAAGUAGAGCUGCAUUGUGACGGGUGGCAGAGAAGAGAGAUGUUUUUUCUUUUUUUUCUGAAGAAGGACGAAUACGGUACCAUGAGGUGUAUCAAUGUGUUCGUUACUGAUUUAUGUUCUGAAUAGCAGAAGGAAGAGGAACUGAGUUGGUUUUGGAGGAGAUCACCUCCUCGCUGUGGAGUUGCGGUUUGCGGUGGUAUUUGUCUCUGUCUCUGGGUUUUGAGGAGGGGGACCAUGGUCGAACUGGAGAAGGAGGUGCUCCCGCUGCCCCCUCGGUACCGGUUCCGAGACCUGUUGCUCGGGGACUGGCAGAGCGACGACAGGGUGCAGGUGGAGUUUUAUGUGAACGAGAACACUUUUAAGGAGCGCCUCAAGCUGUUCUUCAUCAAAAACCAAAGAUCCAGUCUGCGAGUGCGAAUGUUCAACUUUUCUCUAAAAGUGCUGAGCUGCCUCCUCUACAUCGUCCGAGUCCUGCUGGACAACCCACAAGAGCAAAGACAGGACUGUGUGAGCGGAGUUAACUGCACCAAACAAAACACGUCAUCCCAUCCAUGGAGUGAGUUUGACUGGAAGCUGAUCAUCUGGGUUGACAGACCUCUACCGCUGUGGGCACUGCAGGUGCUUGUGGCUUUCAUCAGCUUUUCGGAAACUAUGUUACUCGUGUAUCUCAGCUACAAGGGCAACGUUUGGGAGCAGGUACUACGUGUCCCUUUCAUUCUGGAGAUGAUCAGCGCUGUUCCCUUCAUGAUCACUGUGAUUUUGCCAUCCUUCAGAAAUCUCUUCAUCCCUGUCUUUUUAAAUUGCUGGCUGGCCAAGCAUGCUUUGGAGAACAUGAUAAACGAUCUCCACAGGGCGAUCCAGCGGACGCACUCAGCCAUGUUUAACCAGGUGGUGAUACUUAUCAGCACACUGGUCUGUCUCAUGUUUACGUGCAUUUGCGGCAUUCAACACCUCGAGCGAGCGGGCAACAACCUGACCCUGUUCGACUCGCUCUAUUUCUGCGUGGUCACCUUCUCCACAGUGGGGUUCGGCGAUGUCACCCCACAGAUCUGGCCCUCGCAGCUCCUGGUGGUCAUCAUGAUCUUUGUGGCACUCAUUGUGCUCCCCAUCCAGUUUGAGCAGCUGGCCUUUCUGUGGAUGGAACGACAGAAGUCUGGAGGAAACUACAGCCGCUACAGGGCACAGACGGAGAAACACGUGGUUCUGUGUGUCAGCUGUCUCAAGAUCGACCUCCUCAUGGACUUCCUCAAUGAGUUCUUCGCUCACCCCCGGCUACAGGACUACUAUGUGGUGAUUCUUUGCCCCGCGGAGAUGGAUGUCCAAGUUAGGAGGAUCCUUCAUGUCCCCCUGUGGGCCCAGAGAGUCAUCUACCUGCAAGGAUCUGCCCUCAAAGACCAAGACCUGAUGAGGGCCAAGAUGGACGAUGCUGAGGCCUGCUUUAUCCUCAGUAACCGGUUUGAAGUGGACCGCAUUGCUGCUGAUCACCAGACCAUCCUUCGAGCAUGGGCGGUGAAAGACUUCGCUCCAAACUGCCCCCUUUACGUCCAGAUUCUCAAGCCUGAGAACAAGUUCCAUGUCAAAUUUGCAGACCAUGUGGUAUGUGAAGAAGAGUUUAAGUAUGCCAUGCUGGCUUUAAACUGUGUGUGCCCUGGUACCUCAACUCUCAUCACUCUAUUGAUCCACUCCUCUAGAGGACAAACGGCGCACCAAGAGGCCUUCAAGCAACGUGUAGGAGCCUUUCAAGCCCUCAACAGGGAGGGCGGUGCAUGCUCGGCGGACCAAUGGCACCGCACCUACCGACGGUGCUCGGCCAAUGAGGUGCAUCAUAUCCGUCUGGAAGAGAGCAAAUUCUUUGGGGAAUACCAAGGGAAGAGUUUCACUUUUGCCUCUUUUCACGCUCACAAAAAGUAUGGGGUGUGCUUAAUCGGAGUACGCAGGCUGGACACAACCAACAUCCUGUUAAACCCUGGUCCGUGCCACAUCAUGGGAGCCUCUGACACUUGCUUUUACAUCAAUAUCUCCAAAGAGGAGAACUCAGCAUUUGUCAGGGGCCAAAGGGAGCCAUCGUGGGGUGGCACAGGAGGAAAUGCCAGGGGAGUGCACCAAAGCAUCUACCAUGGACUCACCCGCCUGCCAGUCCACAGUAUCAUCGCCAGCAUGGGCACAGUUGCCAUCGACCUGCAGGACUCCAGUGACAGCAGUCCAGAAGGCCAGGACGCAGGAAGCGCAGGACCUGGCAGUGGGAGAGGAAGCAGAAGCAGCUCCAGAACAGAGACCGGGGGUGCCAACACCUUGGCUCUUCCCGCCAUGGGAGACUCCACAGAGGAGAGGCGACACAGCAUCGCCCCUGUCCUGGAGCUAGUCGACGGCGUCAACAACCCCACCUUUGACCUUCUGGGAGACCAGUCCGAGGACGAAGGAGGAGAAGAAGGCAAGGAGGACAGUGACAAAGAUGAGAGCGCCCACUGGUGGGGUCAACACUGCGAGUGGGUGAAGGGAUACCCGCUUAACUCACCAUACAUCGGCAGCUCGCCUGCACUGUGCCACCUCCUGCAAGAAAAGAUGCCUUUCUGCUGCCUGCGCUUGGACAAGGCUUGUCACCACAUCCCUUUCGAGGAUGCCCGCUCCUACGGCUUCAAAAACAAGCUGAUUAUUGUCUCUGCGGAGAGUGCGGGGAAUGGUCUGUACAACUUCAUUGUGCCGCUGCGGGCCUACUACCGACCGAGGAAGGAGCUCAACCCUAUUGUGCUCCUGCUGGAGAGCAUACCCGAAGCAGACUUCCUGGAGGCAAUCUGCUGGUUCCCCAUGGUGUUCUACACAGUGGGCUCUAUCGACAAUCUGGACAGUCUGCUGCGAUGUGGGAUCACUUUUGCCGACACCAUGGUGGUGGUUGACAAGGAGAGUUCCAUGAUUGCUGAGGAGGACUAUAUGGCUGAUGCAAAGACCAUUGUCAACGUCCAAACACUGUUCAGGCUGUUCCCAGGUUUGAGUAUCAUCACAGAGCUCACUCACCCGGCCAACAUGCGCUUCAUGCAGUUUAAAGUCAAAGACCACUACUCUUUAGCUCUGUCCAAACUGGAAAAGAAGGAAAGGGAGAAGGGGUCUAACCUGGUCUUUAUGUUCCGCUUGCCCUUCGCUGCUGGGAAGGUGUUUAGCGUUAGCAUGCUGGACACUCUCCUCUACCAGUCAUUUGUGAAGGACUACAUGAUCUCCAUCACCAGGCUGCUGCUUGGUUUAGACUCCAUGCCGGGAUCAGGUUUCCUCUGUGCCAUGAAAAUCACAGAAGACGACCUGUGGAUCCGCAACUAUGGCAGGCUCUACCAGAAGCUAUGCUCGUCCACUGGAGACAUUCCCAUAGGGAUCUACCGAACGGAGGCCCACAAGCUUCCGGUCUCUGAGUCCCAGGUAUCUAUCACAGUUGAGGACUACGAGGACACCAGAGAACCCAGGGAGCCCCUGUUAUCCCGGACCAGCGUCCACCGGAACUCGACAUCCUCGGAGCCCAUUUCCACCUCUUCGCACUCUUCAGACCACCCGCUGCUGAGGAGGAAGAGCAUGCAGUGGGCACGGCGGUUGAGCAGGAAGGGGGGUCGGAGUUCCAGUGGGUCCAAAGGGGGACCCGGCAGUGCGGCAGAGAGGAUCAGCCAACAGAGACUGACUCUUUUCAGGCGCUCAGAGAGGCAGGAACUCAACGCGCUGGUGCGGACAAGGAUGAAACAUUUGGGCCUUUCUCCAAGUGGAUUCAACGGGAUGACAGACCAAGGGAACAGACUGUCAUAUAUCCUCAUCAACCCUCCUCCAGACACCAGACUGGAGCUCCAUGAUGUCGUGUACCUGAUCAGGCCAGACCCCCUCUCCUUGGUACCUAAUCAAGGGAGCAGCAGGAAGUGCAGCACCGGGCUCUCAGAGAGCCACAGGUUCGAUACGCAGGACAGCACCCAUCUGUGAAGGACAAUGAAUAAAUAAAUAAAUAAAGACACCGAGAGAGAGAGAGAGAGAGCAAGAGAGACUAAUGUACUGUCCAAACACUGCCCGAGAGUCAAACGACACAAUCACGAAGAAGAAGCAUAAUUUAUGAAGUGGUGAGAGAUGAGGGGAUACAGCCAGAUGGCACACAGCCCUCAUAUUUCCUCCACAUUCAGUCUCAGCAAACCCAGAGGUGCCAGGCAUGCAUGGACCUUUUCUAUAAUAGGAAUGUUUUAUUUAUGCACCUUCCUAUUUUCAAAGCGGAGAGCUGCGGACACAGAAGUGCAUUUAAAGAAAACCUUUACGUAUUUAUAUCUGUGUACGUGCAUGUUAUGUACUGCAUCAUGUACUGUAUGUAUGUUUGUGAGUAUGUACGGCUACACCGUGUGAGUGAGUACGCGUGCGUGUGCUUAUGGAUCGAAAGCAAGACACUGCCUAUUUAAAACCCGGACAGCCAAAGGAAGCUGCUGCCAAAUGAAAGUCAAGGGAUGUGUUGUUAUGUCCUUUCCCGUGUUGUCACACUUUUGUCGUUCGACGUAUUUCAAGAAGACACCACAGUCUGCACCCCUCCCUCGUGAGAUUUUCUGGGAGGGGGUUGUUUUGGGGUUUUCUUUUUGUUAACCACUCGCUCACACACUCAGUUUACGCUCACCAGCAGCGGAGGAAUCCAAAGAGCACCAGUCUCAAUAAUGGACAGCAAGCUUUUAUCAUCAAUGCAGGGCAUUCGGUCACACUGUUGUCUGAGUUUCUCAUCGUUUUUUAAAUAUACAUAUACGAGUCCUCUCCGAACAAAUCUGACCCACAUUUGUUGUUUUUCUUCCCGAAACCUCCCUCUGCUUGUGUCAGUGUCAGUGUGAGCCGUCCUGCUGCCAGCUUGCUUUUGCUGACACGCAUGUUAGAGAGGCAGGGGAUGGACAGAAUAAAAGGUACAGAGACUCCAGCGUCAUGCCAUCCAGUUUACGACGAGCCCUGCAAGAAAUACGACCUUUGUGAAGCCUAUAAACAUCAAUUUGAGAGACUGUCAGUUUUGAAGCUAAAUUAUAAGCCUCACAAUAUAUAUUUUUUUGUUGCUAUAUUUAUUGCACGCUGCUAUAAAUAUCCACCUUCACAAGACAUGUCUUUAGGUUUUAAACCUAUUGUGCAAUUUGGUUUCCGAAGAAGAUUAUUCCUCUCAAAACAAGUGAACGGCGCGCUGUUCAGAUCACUCUCCGCACCCGAGGUUAAUUUUUUUCCUCUUUUGAAGAGUAAAUCAUUUGUUACUGUGGACAUUUAUGCCGUUUGUUUAUCAAGGAUUUGCAAGCCUCUGUAAAUCUUUUGCCAGACAUUCAGAGUGCGCCGUUUCACACAGAAAUGGUGCAAUCAUGUGGCGGGAAUACAAAUCCCUGCCAACACCACUGCUGUAGCUUCAGUGCCAUUAUAACAGGUGGAAAUAUGUAUAUAUUAAAGG